GUCCAUUGCACCAUAGUGCUUCAUUCUUCUAGUUAUAACAGUUGGUCCUACUUCUGUUACUGUUCCUAUUUAUGAGACAGCAAGUUUUACUUGUAAAGGAACUGGCAAUGAACUGAAUUGGAUAGUACACAGUGCUCCACUGACAGAAUCUAUAAAAAAACAAAGAGAUAUAUCCUUUACUGAUCCUGGAGGUCCUGGUAACUUAUCAUCAGUACUUACUAUCACUGGGUUACCUGUUAAUGAUGGAUUACAUAUUGGUUGUCAAAUAAUAUCAUAUCCACCUCUUGAACAAGUGUUCUCUGACACUAGUACACUAACAAUAAGAGGAAUAUCACCAGUUGAAGACAUACAAUGGUCUAAUGAUAAUCAGUUAUUGUCAUGGUCUCCUCCUUCUUUUUAUUCUGAUGAUGUUAUUUCAGGAGCCAUUGCUUAUACGACAUAUAAUGUACUAGUGAAUGGUAUCAGUGUUACUAAUACCACUGAUACUAGUGUAUGGUUGAAUACUACUGGAUUACCUUGUACUAAUGCUACAGCUGUCAAUAUUACUGCAUCUAUUGGACAAUAUGUAUCACAAGGGGGGGACAUGCUUUUAGCAUCACUGCAGAUCAUACUAUUAAUUAUGACAAUGUUACCAUGACUUUUGAUGUAUCAAACCAGACAUUUGUUGCUAAUCUCAACAGUUUGAUUCACAGCAAUCAGUCAUGUACAUAUAUGAUAGUUGGUGAAGUCAUUUCUAGAGGUAUGGAAGACAGCACUCAGAAAGUUGAAGCAGAUGAAAAAGAAGAGAUAUUUUCAUACAAAAUGGCUGGAUUAAGACCAUGUACAAACUAUACAGCUUAUAUAAAGGCUGAUAAAGAUUCUUUUAAAGUUCCAUUUUCCACAUAUAAUGAUGUACAAGAUGUGCUAGUAUCUACUGAAGGGAAUGGAUCAGUUAGUGUACAGUGUGUGUUUGUAUCAGGAUCAACUGCUGAUGGAUGUCAUGUGAUAUUUACUGAUACUAGUAAUGGAAGGAAUGAACACUUUAAUGUAACUGGAUCAGGCAAUACAAUAGUAACAUUAUCAACCAGUAGAGUAUAUGAUGUAACAGCACAUGACAUUAGUGAUGAUGGAAGUAUUGCUCCAUGGACUUGUGUACAACCUAAACAAGUUGAUGUGAAAUUGAAUAUUGCUAUUCCUUCUAUUGUCCACAGCAGCAGUUACAGCACUGUACAUAGUACUGCCAUUAGUAGCUCAACUUCUAAUAUUACAUCAUCACCAACUGUUAUUAUUGGAAAUGAUGAUACAUCAGGAAAUGGUGACAGCUCAAUGGUCUAUAUCAUUACUAGUGUGGUAUUAAUGAUAAUACCCUUCACUUUGUGUGUGGUUGUUGUGAUGAAAAGGAAUCAUAAGAACAAAGUUACACUUAAUGCAGAACGUGCUGCCUGUCAUCAGUCACAAGCAGAGAUGAGUCAUUAUGAGAUACAUGAUCCUAUUGGACCAGUAGCUAUUGAUAUGUCAAAUGAUGAAAGGUCUUCAGGUCCAACAAGUGGACCAGUACAAGGGACUAUAGUGGAUCCUUAUCAUGUUUCUACUGAUGAAUUACUAGCUAUUAGGAAUAGACGCCCUGUUCAAGACAAUAAUUCCCAUGUCACUACACCACAAGAGGGACAAACUCAAGACCAAUCACCAUCAUCUAGCACUGGCUCUGUUGGUUCUCUUCAUAGUACUACUCCAUUGAUGCGACGUAACACAUUCAAUACUGAUCCUACUGAUACUCCUAGUAGAUCCUAUCUAUCUAUUCCUAUCUAUGUUUUUAGACUAUGCAUUGGCAACCACGCCCUCAUAUUCAGCUGAAGGGAUUUACCCCCAGAAAUUCAAAAGUGCUACUGAUGCAGCCUUCUUUUGUGUCUACAUUUGGUUGUCAGCACAAUAGCUGUUCUGAGAGGAUAUCUC